AUUAAUAAGCAGAAAGACUCGACAUGCCCUCAUGGGUAACGUUGCUCUACAGCCGCUCCGAGUUGGUCAGCCGCUGAGUUGUGCGCAAAAUCUCCGCUAGGCACCAUGGCAAACGUUAAAGUUGCCAUUCGAGUCCGUCCUCUCAACGCAAGGGAGGGUGCGGAUGGAGGAAAGCUGGCGGUUCAGGUGGAGGAUAAGUUUGUGAGGAUCCAAAAUGGGAAGCUGGAUGGACGAGCGGACGGUGCUGUAGAUUCCAGGGAGAAGCUUCUGGAGUUUUGUUUUGACUACAGCUACUGGUCGGUUGACCCUGCAGACCCUCACUAUGCCUCGCAGGAGGAGGUGUUCCAGGACCUGGGUGUGUUAGUGCUGUCCGGAGCUUCUGAGGGCUACAAUGUUUGUCUGUUUGCUUACGGCCAAACAGGAUCUGGAAAGACAUACACCAUGAUGGGGACACCGGACUCCAUUGGCUUGACCCCUCGCAUCUGUCAGGGUCUCUUUAGGUCUGAGGACACUUUUCCAGAUGGGCAAAAUUCAAGCAGAGUCGAAAUCAGCUUCCUGGAAAUCUAUAAUGAGCGUGUGAGAGACUUGCUGAGAGGAGGAGAGCAGAAAAAGAGAGCCUCACUGAGAGUUAGAGAACACCCCGAGAAAGGACCCUAUGUACAAGACCUGUCUCAGCAUGUUGUGUCAGACUACAAGCAGGCCAUGGACCUUUUGGAGGAAGGCAUUGCCAACCGCGUCACCGCAGCAACCCACAACCAUGAUGCCAGCAGCAGAUCCCACGCCAUCUUCACCAUCCAGUACACGCAGGCAAUCCUAGAAAAUAACCUUCCUUCAGAAACUGUCAGCAAGAUUAACCUGGUGGACUUGGCUGGAAGUGAGAGAGCAGACGCCCGUUACUGCAGGGAUAGACUGACGGAGGGCUCCAACAUCAACAAGUCGCUGGUCACCUUGGGCAUUGUCAUUUCUGCUCUUGCCCAAAACUCCCAGAUGUCUAGCAGCUGCCAGAGUAUCAACAGCAUGGCCUCAGAGGGUGAUGGCAGCGUGGUGGGCAGCCACAGCAGCUCCCUGUCUGGAGGAGGAGGAGGAGGGAGGAGGCACUGCUUUAUCCCCUACAGAGACUCAGUCCUAACUUGGCUGCUGAAAGACAGCCUGGGUGGCAACUCCAAGACCAUUAUGAUUGCAACGGUCUCACCCUCAGCUAACAGUUACAAUGAGACCCUCAGCACGCUGCGCUAUGCUGCCCAUGCCAGAAAUAUUGUCAACAAGCCUCGGGUUAACGAGGAUGCCAGUGUUCGGCUGAUCAGGGAGCUGAGGGAGGAGAUUGACAGGCUGAAGAGCAUGCUACUCAGCUUUGAAAUGCAGCGCAAUCCUAGUCCAUCCCUGAGUGAUGAGAGGGAUGGAAAUCUUUCUGACAUUGUGCUACAGAACGAACUAAAGGUGGAGCAGCUGACGAAGGACUGGUCGGAGAGCUGGAGAGACAAGAAGGAGCUGCUUGAGCAGUACAGUGUGGACAUCAACAGGGACCAGGCCGGCUUCCUCGUCAGCUCCCUCCAACCACACCUGGUUACCCUUGAUAGAGAUGUUCUCAGCACUGGGGUCGUCUUCUAUCACCUCAGGGAAGGAGUCACCCACAUUGGACCUCGCGACCAUCUUGAAGAGCCACAAAUAGUUCUGCAGGGCAGUGCCAGUUGUGAGAUUGAAAACCGCGGAGGUGUGGUAACGCUCAGACCGCUGCCAGGCUGCUCCUGCCUGCUCAAUGACAGAGAGGUCACUGAGCCCUGCAGACUGGCUCAAGGGAUGGUGAUCACCUUGGGAGGAGUGCAUAAGUUCCGCUUCAACCAUCCGGCAGAGGCAGCUGUCCUUCGGGAACGCAGACGGGCUAGUGAAGGUGGCAUGACCUGCACCUACAUAGACCUUAGCCCCUUGACCCCUGACCACAGCGUUGAAGAAGUGAAGCUCCAAGGGCAGCUGGGUACCUGUCUCUCCCCCAGUGAGGAGCCUACUGCAAGACAGCGUGUGGAGGAGCAGCAGCGCUACGUGGAGAGUUUGCGACAAGAGAUCCAGGCUGCACAAAGACGAGCUGAGAGAGAGCUAGAGAGGGAGCAGGCCCACCUUCGACAGCAGCACACUGAGAUUCAGCAGUGGAUUUUGCAAGAGAAAAAACGCCUGACAACUGCAGAGCAGAGAGUCACCCAAGAGUCUGGAGUUCAAACAGACGUUAUCCCGGCAUCCCUCCUAGAGCAGAUGACAAGUCAGGGACACAAGGAUCAGGAAGAUCUUAUAGUGGAUUGCCCCUGCCAGGUUGUAAGAGCCAGGAAGAAGGCAGUGGAGGAGGAGCUACUAAAGCAUCAUGCCCUUUGCCGUGCUGAAAGCCGAAUCCGUCGGAAAAGGCUGCACUAUCAGCUGGAGAGAAUCGCCCGCAAGCGCCAUCUGUUGGAAGCUAAGCGAGAAUUGCAGCAGCUGGAAAAGGCCCUGCCUCCUGGACCGGACAGCCCAGAGUCUCCUGAGCUUGGGUCCCCCUCAAAACUCAGGGGACGAUCAUUUGUUUCUCGUCGACACUCAUUCUCAGCAGAUCUUCUGUCCCGGCUCUACCCACAGCACACCCCUAUCUUUAGACAUUUCCUGAAGAGAAACAGAUACACAGAACUGACCUCAAAUUCCUCCACAAUGUCUGAUUCUAUUGGCAGCAGGAAGUGGGUUUCGGAUGAGUGUCUUCCACGGGAAAGGACUCAAAGUUGUUCCAGGACUACCUUCUCAGGACAAAGUCAAUCCUGCCAGAGUAGAAUUAGCUCCUCUGAAAACAUCAGACAAGCUUCCAGAGAGGAACCACAAGCUCCACCCUGUCGGGAACGGCCCGAAAGAAAACCUCUGCUGCCAAACCGAGAUCUGUCUUUUAAAAACAGAUCAGAUCAGAACCCAACAGUUAUUCUGAAGUCCCCAAUUGGAACUACUGUGCAGCCAGUCAGCAAAGAAAAUACACAAGUAUCCACAACAGACAAAUCCAGUUCUGAAAUUGUCUCUUGUAUGACUGUGAGAACCCCAUCCCAUGAAGCUAACAAUGGAGUAGAAACUAUCAGGAAAUCUUUCUCUUGUUCUGUGGGGCCCAGGUUAAAAAUAGCUCUGUCCAAAGUGUUCAGAAAACCACCAUCAGGUUCAAAUGGUGGCCGAGGUCCAAAACCUUUGGGGAGGAUAGCAAGCAAAUUUCUCUGGAGACAAAAAAGAGACAGGAGCCUAAAGGACACCAAUAUGAACCAGCGCAAAUGUGCCAUUAAAACAGCCGUUUCAUGUGAGGAGCUUGACCAAAGGACUAUUUUUGAGGACAUUAGACAGAGGCGGUGGCAUAGUACUGAGGCUCUGAUGAAAAAGACGAGCAGAUGGGUUGAUAGGCAGCAGGGAUUGGUUGGAUGUGAGGAAGAGCAAGAAGAGAGGGAUGAAGGAACAUCAGACUGUGAGAGUCUCCUCUCACUUGAUUCCCUGUCUUCUGCCUAUGCCAUAGCUCUGGCAGAGCAGCUGAGACAUGAGGAAGCAGCUCAGAGUGAAGCCGAAAGCGAAGACAGUCAGAUGUCUAAAGACUCCUUGACUGUGGAGAGCAGUGGGAAAUAUUCUACAAUGGAGAGACUUAGCCAAACAGUGGUACCAGCUUACUCAAUGGUGACAAAUUCCUCUCAUCUAUCCAUAGGGCACAAUAGGACUGCAGAGAGCAGUUUAGACUGGAGCAGCUCUCAGAAAACCCAGGUAAUACCAGCAGAGGUGUAUUGGAGCCAGCAUGGUUCCAAAAAAUUGAGACAUAAAGGGGAAAUUGGUGCAACAAGGAAUCCUCCUUCUCAAAGAACAUUAGUAGCAGAUUCCAGAAGCAAAGACACUGUGCACAAAUUGACUGAGGACUUUGGGAACAUGCAGACCACUUCGACCAGCAGCCCACGCUCUCUGAGCAGCUGCAGUGUGAUGGAGCCAGAAAACUUGUUGGCGCUCACUGAUGCCUGGUCCUCCACCGAUGCAGCAGACAGUCCCAGGAUUUACAGGGAUUCCCUACCUUUCCAAAGCAAAAUGGUGUUCAGACAUGUGGAGAGCAGCAGCAGCAGCAGUAGUUCAAGUCUGACCAGUAUAAACCUCUCAGACUCUCAGAACGGAUAUAGAAGCUAUAGCUCAACAUCCACCAGCACUGAUGGUGCAAGUGUAACAGUACAGGAACACAGACUUGUGGUUUCCGGGGAGUCUAAUAUUUUAACAACACCAGAAGAUGCCCUGAUAUCAUGGAAUCAGAAAGAUGUGGAGCAAUUAGGGCAACAGUCAGAAAAUGUGGAAAAGACAGUUAUAGAUACUCGAGACUACGGCAGCAACAAAAGUCCUGCAUCCUUACCCACAUCAGAUCAGACCACUUCUGUGUCACACACUGGGAUUCCCCACACCACACAAGCAACAUCAAACUUGCUUCAAGUGUUUAUAGAUGCACCUAAUAUGGUAGCAGGUAAUGUUACUAUGUCCUCUGACACUGAAAUGUGCACCUCAGGUUGUCAAUCAGUAAUGCCUUUCUCAAAUCUUACAAAUCCUACUAACCAAGGCCAAGUACUGAACAAGAUCUGUGAAGCUUUGAGUGCCUUCAAACCUCCCACUGAAGAUGAAUUACUAUGCAAUCUGGAUGGAACAGAAAAGUUUAAAGAUGGACAGCAGAAUGAGUUUGAGAAUACCAAAGAAUUGUCACUAACAAGGGAUGAAACCAAAGGCACUGAGCAGUACAUUGCACUACAGCAGGAAGUUGUUAAAUCAGCUUGUAAAAAUUCCAGGAAGAGGAACAAAGACCAACAGGAGGCUUUCAUGGGCAGCCUGAAAAUUCCAAAAAGGACUAAUGGCAGAGAGUUGGUAACUUUCUGCUCAACACCAGUUGGCAGCCAGGAAGAUAUUUGGCCUCAUGAUAAUAACACCAGUGACUUUAAAGGGGAGCAGUCUGCCAUGGAAACUGACAGCCAUGGAUUUGAUUCUGCUUGUGCUGAUGGCAGUCUUAGACAAGACAAAGUGGCUUCAGUGGUACUGCCAGUUUCUGAUCCCAUAAGCAGGAAACUUGGACGGGUCAUUGAGGACUCUAAAUGUAGCCUUAAAGGUGAUGACAAAAGUUGUCAGAGUGGUAACUCUGUGGGAAACAGAAAGGUAGUUGAAAAGGGAAAUGCAACAAUAAAGGAUGUAGUUGUAGAAACAGAGGGGAGAGAAUUCCAAAUUGAUAGGCCCAGAAAACAUCAAGAAAAUAGAAAACACACAUGCAAGUCCAAUUCUAUUUGUACUGCCAUUGACCUGAGAAUCUCAGAAAUGGUGAAAGAGCAUGUGACAUUGUCAUUGAUUGGCAACGAUGUUGACAUUACGAGUACGAAUCAAAGUCUGAAUGCCUUAACAUCAUCUGCAUGUCAUUUCGGCUGUAAUAGUGACGAACAUAAAUUGACAGAAAAGCAGUUGAGAGAUGAAAGGAAAGAUCAGUUGAAAGAAGGGAAAAACCUCAGUGGACAUUCUUCGGGGGAAAGGAUAUGCAAACCCACAGUGGACAAAAGUGAGCACCUGGCAACAGAUAUGCAGGCUAAAUUGAGGACUAACUAUGUGAGCAACAUGAGUGAAUCUACUGAAGUAACACAAAAGAUUUACCAUGCUCUUGACUCUUCUGAGGGGAAAUCAAAUAAGACAGAAAAUGAUCACUGUGUUGUCCAAAAUGCCUCUGCCAAAUGCAGCAACAUCCAAUCAAAUCUGACGCUUAACAGCUAUGGAGAGACUCAGCACUCUGGAACCACCGUUUUGCAACCAGUUCGUUUGUCCUCAAUGAGUGAUUCCGCUUCAGCAAGAAAAUGUAUUGAUUCUCGAGGAAACACUGAGGAGAAAGAUGCUGUAUCUCAAGAAAUGAACGAUGUAGGUAAACAAAAAGUAACUUUCCAUCUUAAUUCUACCAUAAGUGAUAUGCGCUUGAAAAGAGUGGACAACCAGACCUGUUCUGAUGCCCCUACUGUGGAUCCAGAUAACCUACAGUUUCAUCAAAUCCACCAUGAAACACCCUCCACCUUUGGUGAUACAAAAGUUAACUGUGGAUGUAGCCAUGUAGAAGCUGUCAGUUUGGGAGCUGCAUCCAGGGUUAAAGAUAAAGACCAUUAUUCAUACAAACAAAGCUCACCAAAGAUGAUUGAACAUCUCCAGUAUAGUCCUGACACAUCUGGAGCCACUAAAUUAUUAUCUGAUGGAGGAAGUCUUCAAUUCAAACCACUCAAUCAUAACAGCGACCAGAAUACAUCCUUUGAUGACAAUGUCUCUGUGAAAUGGUUGGCUAUUACUACUGGCCAUGAUCAAAAUGGUGAAACAGAGACCACAGCAGGGGGUAAACAAUCUGUCGCAGCAGAGGAUCAGUUCAAACCCAGUACGCAAACCCAUUCAUAUAAUUUGGCUCAGACUUGUGUGGUCAAUAUGAAUUACAACAAGUGCCACAAUUUAUCAAAUUCACAGAGCCAAUUUGAUAAACAUGCUGAAGUUGUAAGUAAAGGAAACUGUGUGAUGAAAAAUGACGAAGAAAUAUUUACCUACCAAUCUGAAGCACAGGCUCCAGAGAUCUUGGCAAAUUUAAAAUUUGAAACAAGUAUUUCUGGUUCCAUACAGUCUUUCCCCAAAAUCGCCCAGGGAAAUGGUGUCGGAAAUACAAAUUGCUAUGGAUCUCUAAUGUCCAGAGAGGAUAAUGUAAACACAUCUCCUAGUACAAAAGGUAAUUCUGUUCUUAUGUCUAAAAAAGCCAAGUCUAAGAGGUUCAGAAGGUCUAAGAUUGAGGCUCAUCCCACCUCUUCCUCUGAGUCAUCUCUUAAAUCAUCAGAUGAGGAUGAAGAGAAUGAUAAAACCACCAGAGUUCAUCAUAACCGGCCAUCUUCUAAAUGGGUAAAGCUAGCCACACAGAGUAAUGGUGGACAAGAACUUCAAGAAGCUAGAAGUAACAAUCCAGAUGUUUCUAUAUCAUUGUCAGUAAGUAAGACUAAAAUGAAGAAAUGUUCUGCUGGAACUCCAGGUAAAACUGAGGUUAAGUUUAGUAGAGAUUACAGCCAAAAAAGACACUUGUUACCCCCUCAAGCAAUCCUACCAAAGACAAAUGUGGAAAAAAUAAUUCCGUAUGCAAAGAAAAGUGAACCACAGCAUACACUGAAGUCUCAAGACUCCCCUAUGCAUUUUGCCUCAAGUGACAUCAACCCUUUUGUUCACCAGUGGCAAGACGAUGACUCAAACCAACACUGUUAUAAGAAUCCGUCAUUCGGGAGUGCUGCCGACCUAUCCUGCAAAUCCCCGCUUUUAAAUAGUGCUGAAAAACGUAUAACAAGAUGCUGCAGUGUUGACAAUGGUUUAAAUGGGCAGAACUCUCCUUUCAAUUCCCAUCUCAGUAGUUAUGCCACCAACAAGGGGCUCUCCAGUACACUUAGCAGUAUGGAAGAUUAUAAGGAACAAGCGGAUAAAACGUCUCCGCUUACACCCUGUCAAGAGACGUCCAUUGAUAUUCACAGUCAUUUAGCCAAUCUGACAGUGAGCAGCAGUUCUUCAAGUAACGAUGUUCCUGGUGGUUUUGGUAACGACUCCAGUCAUGUGGAUGAAAUUAUGUAUGUUUAUUCAUCUGAGCAAGAGUCCCAGGUAAGCAAAACAUGGGCCCAAAGGAGGAAGACAUGUCAGCAUGGCACUCAAACUGAGUGUGGGCUUCAAACAGUAAAUUUUACUAAUAGUAGUAGUGCUCCAAAGAAGAAAGAUCGUCACAAAAGGAGCAACACUGAUGUACCUACAACACAGAAAACCAACGUGGACAUUAAAGAAUCUGCUACUUGGGCCAGCAUGGAAAGCAUGUCGGCUCACCUCUCCAAGCUGAUCGACAGCACCUCAGACCUGCUGGGAGACGUCCAAGGAUUGAGAACAGGUGAAGUCCACAGGUCCAGUCCGAGGCGGAGUGUCAACUUGUCAAGUUUUAGCAUCUCUUAUAGUGAAUCUAAUGACUGCACUAAGAAUCACUGCUCAACUCAAACAGCUGUAGAUGUUGCCAUCCAGACAGACAAUCUUUUAACACCAGCAGAUAACCAAGUCAUCGUUCAUCAGACUCCCAAUGAAAAGUCCAAAUCUCAUGAGGUCAAUGUGAUAGUCAAAGUGAUUGGUUCGGAGGCUGUUAGUGUGUCUCAAGACCAAGAUGUGCACAUUGUGAUGACAACUAAACCUAACUCAGAUGAAAAGAUGCAGAGCAUGCCUGACCUGAGGUUUAACGCCUCUGCUGCCUCACAAUCAGAGAAUGUCCCUCUCAAAACACCUCCUGUAAAGAUUGCAGCUGAAUGUGAACGACGUGUAAGAUAUGCUUCUUCUAAAGGCUCAAAGGAAAGCACGCCUGAGGCACUGUGCCAUAAAAGUGUGGCAAUACUUGAAAUCACCCGUAGAUCAUCAAAAAAAGGCCACCAAGAAAAUCAAAGUUCAUCUAUAAAAAUUGAUCCAUCUCCUUGUUUAAAGAAGCAGGCUACAUACAAAGAUCGUGCAUCAUCGCCCAUUCUGACCAUGGGAGCGAAAUUACGUUUGAAGCAGAGAGGAAAACAAUCAACACUAUGUUCUUCAAAAUAUAUGGGUGCAAAAACAAACCUUUCUUCUGUGGAAGACAGCCCUACCGUGCCUUUUAGCAAACAGUCAGUGUGCACAUCUGUCUCAGACAAUGAUCAUGUGUCCACACCAGAUUGUGAUGUUUCCUCUAGUCACUCAGAAUCUGUGUCACUUGAAAAGGUUAGUGAAAUUAGUUGUUCAAGCCCUAAAGGAUCAGAUAAAUGCCCCGCAAGCCUUAGUUCGUCACUGGAUAGAUACAAAGACACUGACAGGAGAAAUAUUACCUACAAAGAUAAGGACAACCACCAACCCAGUUCAAAAUGGCAGAUGAGCUCUCCACAACAGAGGACUUCUACUUGUACAAAAGGUUUAACUUUGCACAACCAUAUCUCUCCCAUAUUAAAACAGACUGAUGUGCACAAACAGCAGGCUAAAACUAGACAUGGAAAACCACCAGGCUACACAAGACCUGCAGUUGACUCUGUGGAUUUUUGCACUGAUCCCUACAACCCAUCACCAGUCAGCGACAGGACUGUUCAACUUCAAGAGGAUGACAUGGUGUCACUGGUGCCCAGUGAGUGCAACACAGAUGUCCUUGUGAACAUUAAACCUGUUACCAGCCUGUCCCCAUGCCAAGACCACCAGAUAGCCCCAGAGGACCUGCCCAUGCACAACAAGUUCACCAACUGGUCAGGCAUCAACCAUCAGCAAUCUAAACACUCUAACAAACUGGCCCCAUUGCUUACCAACGACCACGACAAGAGCAGAGACUGUGCCGAAUGGGGUGAGAUAGAAAGUUAUGGUUCAAAUGUGGAGUCUGUGGCACAGAGCGACAGAAGGGCAAGAGAGAUAGAGAGGCUGCGACAGGAGAGAGAGCAAGUGAUGGCAACAGUCAACCUCAACGUGAACCCAACACCUCUGACUGUGGAGCUGACGGAGGCCAAGCUGCAUUAUGGGCUGGGAGAGACAGAUACAUUGUUAAAAAUGCUGUCCCCGAGGUCCAGAGAUGAGCUGGAAACACCAACCUCAGCUCCUACCAAAAUGCAGCUGUAUGACCGACACCGUAGGAGUAUUGAGGGUUUGAGGCAGGAGAGGGAGGAGCGGCUCCAGACUUACCGGAGAGCUCGUAGUCUGAGUCCCAGCAAACAUCCUCGCUCCUCUCCUCAAGAGGCUGCUUCAUCCUCCAAGGUGUCUGCCAUUAUGCCCAGUCGCUGUAAAGAGUACCUGCAACAGCUCCGCCAAGAGGUGAUAGAUAGCACCAGAAUACAAAAACCUCCAAGAGGAGAGGGCCGGUAUCCGUCUGAUAUUGAGCAGUUGUUGCGUGACUAUGGCCGAGCCCGGGAAGAGGCCAGGACAGAGAUUGCCAAGGCACGAGAACGUCUGCGAGAGAGGACUGAGCAGGAGAAGAGGAGGCUUCAGCAGCAGGCUCUGUCUCAGGAAGUAAAGGAUGACCUGAGGCAUCGGACAAGGAUCAGUAACAGCACCUUGUGCACUGGAUCUAGCUUGAGUCUUUCUUCUGGACCCACAUCAGGGUACAACAGUGGCAACACAGUCCAACUACAACACAGUAACAGACCAGUUCUGACUGGACAGAGUACAGGGUUUCAGAGUAAAGGGCUGAAGGUCAGGACACGUCCUCCUGUAUGUGGUCCUCAAAGUGUGAAGACACAGAGAGUCUGGCUGUCUGCCCAGGGUAAGGACUGGACAGUGACUCACAAAACCCAAACAGACGUGGGCAAAACAAUCAUCAAAAAUGUCCGCCUUGAACCUUCUGUCACCGGGUUUGAGCCCCUCAUUACCUCAUCUCCAUCACCCCCCACUUGUGCACGUCAACGCACCGCCUCCCUUGGCUCCUCCUCCUCCAUAUCCACAACCUAUCAGGAUAUCACAUCCACUCUCCUUGGGAGAGCUCUAGCUGAGGUACGACUAGCUUGCGCCGGAGACUUGAGCAACCUGGUGAUGGGCAAGGUCAUGGCAGGCUGGAGGUACCAAGGAGAAGAACGAGGUAUCCAGGCUUACUAUAAGCCCUCCUCCAGCCUGUCUGUCCAUGGUUUCUUGGGCGCUGGGGAGCUGGACAGACCCCUGGACAGCCUGUGGAGCACUAUCUGCCAGCUGUCCAAGAGCCACGUGUAUAAUCAGUCAGUUCGCUCUGUCUGGACACGACCACUAGAUGACAGCACUCAGCUGGUCUACAUACUAACAGAUCCAUCCACCUGCCACCUAAGCCAGCCGCGGGACUUCUGCUGCAUCAGCACCGAGUCCAAACAGGGAGGCCUGUGCGUGUUGGCAAUGCAGUCAGUGUUUGAGGAGUCUCUGCCUCGUCCCAGCGUGGAUGCUGUACGAGGGGAAAUGAUGCCCAGUUGUUGGGUCCUUCAGCCAAUUAGACGUAGUGGAAAAGAAGUCACCAGAGUCAUCUACCUGCUGCAGGUGGACCUAGGAACUCCCUCCUUUCCUGCUCGACUCUUGAACACUGUUGCCAGAAGACAGGCUGCUGUCAUCGCUGAUCUGGACGUUUUCCUCGCUUCGUAAAUCCACCGGACAAAUGAAGACACAUUAGCAGUGAGCACUUAGACUGAACUCUCUCCAGCAUGGAGUUAGUCUGUCUUUAGAAUUUGCACCCGAGAUUUAUUUACUUGACUUUUUAUAUUUCAAGAGCACUGUUAUAUACUGAUUCCCAGUUACAAAGUUGAAGCAGCUUUUUUCUGUAUGAAGGUAUUUUUUAUAAUAUAUUGAAACUGUAUUUUUAUAUUUGUACAUGGAUGCUUUUAACAAUCAUAAACCUGUUUUACCAAAGAUUGAUUAGAAGUCUAAGGAAAUGAUUUUGCGUGGAACAUUUAGUGUAUUGCAUUUAGGUCUAGACAGACUCAUUGAUUCAUUCAUUUGAUUCAUUUGAUGCAAUAGCUUCAUAAUUCUGUUAUAACCUGAUAAGUUCCAGCCAUUUAGCUUCCUUAAUGCCUGUUAGCAAUAUUGUCUCUUUUGAUUCUUACUACAACGUAAUGUGGAAAGCAAAAUAUGUUAAAGUCAAGGUCAACAUCACAGCCAGAGAGAACAUUUAAAUUGAAGUUUAAGAGUCGGUCAAUGGAUAAUUGUGAUGUCGUGAUGUAUAUUUACUACGCAAGUGUUCCCCAAGUGUGCACUUUUUAUCAAUCUAUGAUAGAUAGAUGCAGCCAGAUUUAUAGUUACAAGGACAUGUCAGUACACCUGAGAUUAAAACCAUAGACAGAAGGCAGCAUCACUUUGUACCAGAUCUGGGUUCAAGCCCUUUUUGCAAAUACUUGCUUUAUUUUAACCUGUUUACUGAGAAGUUGAGAGACAUUUGCCAGAUAUGAAAGCUGGAACACUGAGACAUAUUCACAAGGGAAAGUAUUAGUUGAAUUUCUUUUUUUUUUUUUUUUUUUAUAUGAAAAAAUUAAAACCUGAAUUGUCCUGACGGGUUGAACCACAUUGAAACAUAUGAAGGUAAUAUUUGCAAAUGUUUUUCAGCCCUAAUUUGCUACUAUACAUGCAUACAUUUCCCCAGGCACUGUUAAUUUUAACCACUCAAGGACCUUCAUUCUGCAGAAAAUGAACUUCAGAUGUCCCUCAUCAGUUUUUCAGCAAAAGGUGAAAGGUAAGGGACUGUAGAAAAACUAUUAGGGAAGAGAGGGGGUUAGAAAAAUGGCAAGGUACAGUCAUUUGAAUUUUGCCUGAAGGUGGGCUAGUCCUGUAGUCUUACUUUUUUGGAGAGAGCAGUGGAACGUCGUUAAUUUUUCUCGUUUUAAAUUUAUAUUUUUAUAUUAGCCUCUUGUUAUGAACCAUGGUUCAUUAAGGUGCAGAGUUUUGUCUCUAUCAGUGUUUUAUCAUUUAUAUGCAUUUGAUGGCACACAUUAGAAGUUGCGUUAUAUUAUUUUGACAUGUUGCAGUUUUUUUUUUUUUUUUUUGUACGUACCUUGCUUUUUGAGAAAAUGAUAUAUAAGGUUCGGCCUAUCUCACUACCCGAAUAAUUUUCGUACAGUCCCUAAUCUAUGUAUUUGAUAGUAAGGUAUUGUACUGAGGGAAUGCGAAUAAUUAUUUAUUUAGUCGUAGGACGUUAUUUGUGAAAUGUUUAUCUGUAUGACACUGCAAAUUUUAACCACUUUGCAGCUCUCUCUCUCUCUGUCUCUCGCUCGCUCAGCAGAAAAUCUAAUCUAAAACAGUUUUGUAGCAAAACAUUGAGAGGAUGAGUUGGAAAGUCAGGAACCGUUUGGAUUUAAAAAGUCGAAGGACAAGUAGACAGAUCAACUUUAAACCAAAGGACACAGGUUCAAGCCCGAGUGUCGGCAAACGUGGCAUGCUGAAGUGUCCUUGAGCAAGACACUGAAGUCACUCACCAGCUCCGGAGAUGAUGCUCUGCAUCUGACCCAGACUUCUGACCUCCCGUUUUUCAUUAGUACUCUAUGGUACCCCAAAUCUGCAUAAGCUGAGUUUUAAGGGCUUUUGUUCUCACCUGUUUCUGAUGUCUGUUGUAUUUAUUUUGAUCCUCCUGCCUUCUGUUUGAAAUGCUGUUGAAUGUGUCUUAUAGUUGUCUUUUAUGAGCGAAGCGCUGUGCUGUGUUUGCAGCCGCUUGCACAAAACUGUUUAUGCCUUUUGUCAAUGUUACAUUUUAAAAAGUGAUUUUGUUUUUGUUCGUACAGUGUUGAAACUAUGCAGAGGCAGUCAAAGCUGGGUGAGCUGUACCCAGAUAUGAAGCCAUAUCAUUUACAGUAGGUGAAGGUUCAGGACUGUUUUGGCACUCAGUUUGUGACUAAAGGCGUUCCCGGGGGAACCAAAGAGAAAGAGACAAAAAUACUGAAGACAGAGUGAUGGAACGCAAAGACAACUUUUGUAUUGAUUUCUUUUGUGUGUGUAUCUAUAUGUUUUCAAGUGCUCAUUCAUUGUGUAAAAAGCAUUAUUUAUGUUUUGACAAUGUGUUGUAAAUGUAUUUUAUUAUAAACACUAUUCUUCCUGUUGCUAAUGUGAUGUUAUCUGACCCAUGUGUUUGGCCAUUUUUUUUUAUUUUUAU